AUGCUCUUCAAUAUUUUCCUGAUGUCCGUUUCGGCGAUUCUAUGUUUAUGUCAAGGUGCAUUAUUUUCUCGCGGGCAAAAAUUUCAGAUAAUUCUUUUAGGAAUUCCGGAUGUAGCAAAGAUGCCUCUUCCACCGACCGACACGCCCAUUUGGGACAUCGACCUGUUCGACAGUCCGGCUUCGACAAUACAGUCUCUCAAAAGAGCAGGAAAGAUAGUUAUAUGUUACUUCAGCGCCGGAACCGGAGAGGACUGGAGAAUCGAUUACAAGGAUUUUGCUGCCGCUGAUUUGGGAAAGGUGUUACCGUUGUGGCCAAACGAGAAAUGGGUACGGACAGGUAGUCCACAAAUUAGGAAAAUCAUGGCGAAGCGAAUCAGACUGGCUGCAGAAAAGGGCUGUGACGCGAUAGAUCCAGAUAACAUAGAUGGCUAUCAAAACGACAACGGACUCAAUCUUAAGAACACAGAUGCAAUCGCUUACAUGCAAUGGAUGCAUGACGAAGCUGCAAAAUACAAUAUGCAGAUCGGACUCAAAAACAGCCUCGAUAUCCUCAAUAACGUCUCGUCGAUCAUAGACUUCGCAGUCAACGAGCAAUGCGCACAAUUAGGCGAAUGUUCUGCAUAUAAAGCCUUCCUUAUAUCCGGAAAGCCAGUAUUCCAAAUCGAAUAUCCCCAGCCGCUGAAUGCGCAGGCCGUCAAUGGUGUAUCAUGCAAAGGUCCAGGUAUCGAUGGCUUGAGUACAAUCUUGAAGGACUUAACAUUAAACGGCAUCGCAUACUACUGCGACGGAAGCUUUGUAGAUACCCCAACACUUGGUGGUACAUCGCCUCCAAGACCGUCUCCCCCACCAAGCCCGAGCCCUACGCGACCAACCUCAACUCCUCCACGAUCGAGCUCCGCGCCACCAAAGCCCUCUGCCCCUACAUCGCGACCUUCGACGACGCGAGAACCAAUACCAACGCCGAGUACCCCUGGUGGCGGAGGGGGAUGCAGAGCGAAGCAUUGGGAUCAGUGUGGUGGAAAGGACUGGAAAGGUUGUACUAUAUGUGAGUGGCGUUUCGCCCCCAUACUAUUUUCAGUGUUUACUAGGAGAGGUGUGCGCUUUUCACUUUCUUCCUCAGGCCCUGCCUUGCUGGCACAGACUUAA